AUGGCUACUAAGUCAGACCCAGCUUUGUUUAUUCGCCGAGACGUUGCUAACCGCCACGGUCUCUGGCAGUACAUCAAUCCUAACGCUGGAGCUACUAGGCUCUCUGACCUAACUGCAGACGACCGAGAGUCCUACCGAUGGGAAUGCGAUCGAUGGGAGCGCCGCCGCUCCGACAAGACGAUUGCUGUACGCCACAUAAAUCUAAUUAAGGAUCACGAGACACCCUACGACCGGCUGGUCGCUCUCAAGAAGUUCCUUUGCCCAACCGACGCAACUCGCCGCCGCGAGCUUGCCGACAAAUACAACGCUCUCAAGACUGCUCCACGAGCCACGAAGAAGGUCGAGCAAUGGCUAGCCAACUGGACAUACAUUACCGCUUAG